AUGUGGAAGAAGUCGAAGGUGACCGAGCAGACUGCCGCUGGGCAGGCAGGCAUCAAGAAGAAGUCCAAAGUUCCCGGCGUCAUGAUAACGCAGUUUAAGGAGGAAAUUCCAGAGGGAAUGUCAACUCCAGACUUUACCCGCAAACCCAUCGCUCUGACUCUUCAAGAGGGUAAACUUGCCAUCUUUAAAGCCAUUGUAGUGGGAACUCCCACUCCUGACGUGACGUGGAGCAGGGCGAACGGAGAAAUCACUUUUCACCCUGAUGUGUGUCUGCAGAAGUACGAUGAUAUAUCUCUUGAACACACGCUGGAGUUUCCAAAAGUUGCCGCGGACGAUGCCGACACCUACAAGUGUUUUGCAAAUAAUGAACAUGGAAGAGCUGUUUGUACUGUCGUCUUGAAUGUAAUUUCAGAUGUGACUGACUUGAGAAAAGGCCUUAAGAAACGUAAACCCGACGGAACCCGUGAGGAGAAGCAAAUGGAACCGGAGGAGAAGGUCUGGGAGAUUCUGAUGAGCGCAGACAAGAAAGACUAUGAGCAGAUCUGCGUUGACUACGGCGUCACCGACUUCCGAGGAAUGUUGACGAAACUCAACCAGAUGAAGAGAGAGAGGGAGCAGGAGAUAGCGGAGUUUGUGACACAAAUCAGUACGCUCAAACACAUCGCGGUCAGCGACGACGACUGUGCAACAAUUGAGCUGGACAUGGACCUCAAAGAUCCCGCCAGCAAACUUUUCCUGUAUAAGGAUGGCGUCAUGAUUCCUUUCUCCCUCGAAGAAAGCGAUAAAGCGAAGCAUAGCUUGAAAAUGGUGGGCAAGAAAUACACAUUCAAAAUUCAUGGGUUAGGUUCCGGCGAUGCUGGACUCUACUCGGUGGAUGUCGGGGGCGUCAAUGUAUUCUCCACAGACUUUAAAGUCCCUGAAGUGGACUUUGCAGUCAAAAUACAAGAGGUCAAGGCAGAGGAACGAGAGGACGCCCUUUUCCAAUGUGUCCUGACCGCCCCCCUGAACGAGAUCGUAUGGUAUGGUAAAAGCGCCCCUCUGUCAAACAGUGAGAAACAUGAAAUCAGUGUAUCUGAAGAUAAGCUUAUCCACAAGCUGAUUGUGCGGGACUGUCUGCCUCUGGAUGCUGGGAUCUACGCUGCUGUGGCAGGGAUCAAGUCAUGCAAUUGCUGGCUUGUAGUUGAAGCUGACAAAGAUCCUGCCAACAAGGGGAAGAAGGGAACUCGUAAAUCGACUAUGGCUGGAGCCUGCAACGACGAAGAACUGAUCAAAAUAGCUAAAGAGCAGCAGGGAAAAUACGAGAAAGAAAUGGCAGAAAAACUGGAACAGGCCAAAAAGGCUCAGGAAGAGAAAGCAGCUGCAGAAGUCAUCUCUCAAGCAGAGGCAAAAGUAGCUAAAAAGGAGAGAGCUGCAGCCAAGGCCGCUGCGAGGGCGAGGAAGGCAGCAGCCGGUACGGGUGGUGCAGGCUCAGCUGCACAUGGUGCCGGAGGGGCCAGUGGUCCUGGUGGUGGAGCCUCUGGGACAGAUGGUGCUGGAGGUGCCGUUGGUGCUGGUGGUGCCCUUGGGGCCGGUGGUGCUGUAAGCGCUGAAGGUGGUGUAGGAGUUGGAGUCGGAGCUGGAGCUGAUCCAGGAGUUCACUUUCAUGCUGGGCUCUCGGACUGCAAAGCCAUUAUCGGAGAAGCAGCAGAGCUGGAGUGCAAAGUGAGCCGUGAGGAGUGUCAGGGAAUCUGGUUCAAAGAUGGAGAUGAGAUUCAAACAUCGGAGGGUAUAACCAUUUCAAAAGAUGGAACCUUCCACAGGCUGAAAAUUCACAAAGUAACUGAGGAAUUCGCUGGAACAUAUAAAUUUGAAGCAGAUGGACGUAAAACAGAGGCCCUCAUUGUUGUUGAAGAUCCACCGAGGUUUGAUGCUGAGGAACUGGAAGUGUUUAGAACUCCUGUCUCAGUGAAAAAGGGACAAAAGGCAACCUUCAAAUUACCUUAUAUUGGACGGGAUCCUAUCAAAGUCCAAUGGUACCUCGAGGGUGAAGAGCUAGCGGAUGAGUCAAACAUCAAGAUUGAGCACACAGAGGGGUGCAGCCGCCUGCUUCUCACCAAGCUGCAGCGCAAAGACAGUGGUGAAAUCAAGAUCAAACUCAAAAACGAGUUUGGCACUGUUGAGGCCUUAAGCCAGCUUCUUGUACUGGAUAAACCCACUCCCCCAAUGGGACCUCUGGAGAUCGUUGAGGCGUGCUCCUCCUCUAUUGAAUUCAAGUGGAGACCCCCAAAGGACAGUGGCGGCUGCAAGAUUGGAAACUACAUCCUUGAACGGCAGCAAGUCGGACGCAACACCUGGAAGAAGGUGGGGCCGAUUGGGGCGGAGGCCACUUACAAGGACACUGAUGUAGACCAUGGCAGAAGGUACUGCUAUCGCCUGAGAGUGGAGACUGAAAUGGGAACCAGUGAGCUGAUGGAAACAGAAGACAUUCAAGCUGGUACAAAAGCGUACCCUGCUCCUCCAUCUGCACCGAAGGUUGUCAGCGCCUUUAAGAACUGCAUCAACCUCACCUGGACUCCUCCCUCCGACACCGGAGGAACUAAUAUCCUGGGAUACAACGUUGAGAAACGCAAGAAGGGCAGCAACCUGUGGGGCCAAGUCAACCCAGCCGAUGAAAUGAUCAGAGCCAAGGUCUAUGGUGCUAAAGACGUAAAUGAGGGCAUGGAGUACGAAUUCCGUGUGGCAGCAAUUAAUGACUCUGGAGCGGGUGAAUACAGUUCACCAUCUGAGUUUGUGUUUGCCAGAGACCCUAAAAAGCCUCCUGGUAACGUCAUUGACUUUAAAGUGACAGACUCCACCUACACAACCCUGUGCCUGUCUUGGACCAAACCCAAGGAGAUAGAGGGGGUUGAGGAUGAAGCCAAGGGAUAUUUUGUGGAGAUCAGACCUGCAGAAAACACUGAGUGGGAUCGCUGCAAUUCAAACCAAAUCACCAUGACUUCCUACACGGUGAAAGGCAUGAAGUCAAUGGCCAUGUACUGGGUGAGAGUACAUGCUACCAAUGAUGGAGGAGACGGACCGUAUAAGGAACUCGACAACUACAUCCUCGCUAUGCCUCCUCCUGUGAGGCCACGAUUCACAGAUGCAAAAAUCAAGAGCUUCAUGGUGGUGAGAGCCGGAAACUCCGCCCGAAUCAACAUCAACUUUGAGGCCUCCCCUCGGCCUGAUGUCAUCUGGUUGAAAGACGGCAUGCCCGUGUCUAAGAAAGUGACCGUCAGCAACGCAGAGGCCAUGUCCCAGCUCCUGAUUCCGUCCUCCGAGCGCGCAGACACCGGAAUCUACACAAUUGUCGUCAAGAACAUUGUCGGGCAAGAGACAUUCAGCAUAGAAAUGAGAGUCACAGAUGAACCGAAGCCGCCAGGUCCCCUGGAGCUGGAUGAAAACGUGCCCGGCACCGUGACGCUUUCAUGGGACGCGUCUCCAGAUGAGAAACGUGACGACAGGCUGCACUACAUGGUGAUGAAGCGGGAUUCGAACAAAAGAGCCUGGCACACCAUCGCAGAUCACAUCUUCAACAACAAGUUCACGGCCUGCAACAUCCUGCCAGGCCGGGAAUACCAGUACAGGGUCUAUGCCAAGAACGACAUGGGCUCGUCCAAACCGUCUGAAUCCACAAAGUGGGUGAUUCAUGCCAAGAAAGAAAAGUUCACCUUGACCAUGCCGGAGAGGAAGACCUGUAAUCUGCAGUGCGCCCCGAAGGUCAUGGUCCCACUGAAACUGCACACCGCUCCUCAAGGGUAUGAGUGCUACAUGAGCUGCGCGGUGAAAGGAGACCCCACGCCUCAUGUGACAUGGCUCCGCGACAACAUCAGUCUGAAUACCAACACUAACUACUUCAUCUCCAACACCUGUGGCGUGUGUUCUCUGCUCAUACUGAGGGUCGGAUCCCAAGACACCGGCGAGUACAAGGUUGUUGCAGAGAGCUCCUUGGGGAGGGCAGAGUCCGCCACUAAACUGACAGUCAGAGAUUAA